AUGGCGUUCAGUGGUCACGAGCAGACCACUGAGGAUUAUGGAGUCUGCAGCUUCACCGGAUGCAGAACUCCUCAGCCUGAGACUCCGGACAGCUUACGCCCCCGCACAGGUCCUGUUGCUCCUGCAGAUUCCUGCCUUCGGAGAAAUGUGGUCAGCGAGAGAGAACGCAGGAGGCGGAUCUCCUUGAGCUGUGAGCGCCUGCGGGCUCUGCUGCCUCAGUUUGAUGGCCGGCGAGAGGACAUGGCAUCCGUCCUGGAGAUGGCAGUGUGCUUCCUCCAGCUUGCCCAUAGUAUGGCUCCUGGUUGGGAGCAGCUCUCUGUUCCUCAGUCUCCCCAGGAGAUGUGGCACGUGUGGCAGGGGGACGUGUUGCAGGUGUCCCUGGCGGAUCAGAUCACAGACCGCAAGCCAGACUCCGGGAUAGCAAAAGCAGCUGCAGCUCGGGCACAGGACCCCCCAUGCUGUGGGAUGCUGGGUAUGGACCAAAGCCAAGCCAUGGGGAGUGUGCCAGAACUGCUGGAGACACCUUCCUCCCCCUCUGGUAAACCCUAGAGCACAUUGUCAUUCCAUGGCCCUGAGCCUUCGAGCUUGAGUCCCGGGCUUUCACCCUGGCUUCCUCACUCAUGGCAGUUAGCCAGCCCCCAGAUGACUGACAUUGUUUCCAGUGGGUUGCACCCUGUGGGAUCCCUGGCCAGGGACACUGAAUCUCCUGGCAUGCUGGAUGAGGAGCCCAACUUGGUCUUGACAUCUGUGCCUGAUGCCAGAUACACCCCAGGGGCAGGGUCCGACGUGGUGGAUGGAGCACCCUUUCUGCUGACCACCAAUCCUGAUUGGUGGUUGGGGUCAGUGGAGGGCAGAGAAGGCCCAGUCCUAGCCACAAGCAGCCCUAUGGAUGGGGCAGAACCAAGCUUCAUGGGGGACCCUGAGCCCAGCUCCCAGGAGCUCCACGCUGGCCCCCUGGAGCUGUGGGGCUUGGAUUUUGGCAGCCCUGGCCUGGCCUUGAAGGAUGAAGCAGACAGCAUCUUCCCUGACUUUUUCCCCUGCUAG